AUGGCGACAAAUUCAGUUCCGGCACACGGAGAGGAAAUCCAGCAAGCGAUUCUGCAAAUGGCUGACUUGCUCCAAUGGUUGGCCACACCGACGCCGAUCAACCAGGAGAAAGUUCUAGAGUCCCUUUCCACAAACAUGAUUGAAUUUGUGUUCGAUCCCGACAAUGGCAUCACGUUUGAAAAGUGGUUUGCACGUUAUUCGGACCUUUUCGACAACGACGCCCGGAAUCUCGAUGACGCGGCCAAGGUACGUCUUCUCUUGCGGAAGCUGGAUCAUGCUUCACACAGCCGCUAUGUGAACUACAUCCUGCCCAGGCUUCCGAAGGACAUCCAGUUCAUUGACACGGUUUCCACGCUGAAGAAAAUUUUCGGCACGUCAACAUCUGUUUUCAACAAACGCUUUCAAUGCUUGCAGCUGGUAAAAAGCGAAGCCGAAGACAUUAUCAGUUACGGAGGAAAGGUAAACCGUGCAUGCGAGGAGUUUGAAUUCGCAAAAGUAAGUAUCGAUCACUUCAAGUGCUUGGUUUUCGUAUGUGGUCUUAAGGCAUCACGCUACGCGGACGUUCGGGCACGUCUUCUUUCCCGCAUGGAGGGCGAGACCGCUAACGCACCGGUGACUCUCCAAACGCUCAUCGACGAGUUCCAGCGACUAGUCAACCUCAAGGCGGACACGACGCUCAUCGAAAAACCAUCGGUUUCGAAGCACGUGGUCCACUCGAUCUCGGAGAAAAAGGAGCAUCAGUCGCAACGUCCAUCGAAAGCAAAAGGUAAGCAACUACCAUCUACACCAUGCUGGCAAUGUGGUCAAGUUCACUACUUAAGAUUCGUGACGACAAUCAUCAACGAUGUCACAACGUCGUUGCAACUCUAUUCCGCAAGCGACAUCACGAUAAUCUGCGAACAAACAUGGCAUCAACUGGGUAACCCACAAACGACGACCCCGUCGAUCAACGCAGUCAACGCAUCCGGCGAACCACUGGGGCUCAUUGGCGAUUUUGAAUUCAAUGUCACGCUCAACGGGACAACGAAACGUGGCAAAUGUUUUGUCUCGUCAUCCCCUAGCCUCAACGUUUUCGGCAUCGAUUGGAUCGAUAUGUUCAAUCUGUGGGCACUGCCAUUCGAUUCGAUCUGCAACAGCAUCUCUUCGACAACCAAACCAGCGUUUGAUGACGAGAUCCAAAAGCUCCGGAGUGACCAUCCGAACGUGUUCGACGACUCGCUAGGACACUGCACAAAGACAAAGCGCCCGGUUCCAUUCAACACAAUUCCAUUGGUUGACACCGAGCUAAACCGUCUCGAAUCCAUGGGAAUCAUCACUCCAAUCGAUUUUUCGGAAUGGGCCGCUCCGAUCGUUGCUGUCCGUAAACCCAAUGGACGAGUUCGCAUCUGCGCGGACUAUUCGACAGGACUGAACAAUGCCAUCAUCGAUUUGUCGGACGCAUACCUACAGGUCGAAGUGGAUGACGAUUCAAAGAAGCUACUGACCAUCAACACACACAAAGGGCUCUUUAAAUUCAAUCGUCUUGCUCCAGGGGUGAAAUCUGCGCCAGGAGCAUUCCAGCGAUUGACCGACAGCAUGAUUGCCGACAUUCCAGGCAUUCGCUCCUUCAUCGAUGACGCAAUAGUUUUCGGUCCUACCUGGGAGGCGCACGCAGAGUCGCUCAACAAGCUGCUGACUCGACUUGAGCACUAUCUGCAAGCCAUCGACAAAAUUCCAGCACCAACCAACGUGACCGAACUGCGCUCAUUUCUCGGGGCCGUCAACUACUACGGUAGGUUUGUGCGCAACAUCCACGAGCUAAGACAACCGCUUGACCAGCUACUAAAGAAGGAUGUCAAGUGGCAGUGGAACGACCGAUGUCAGCAGUCGUUUAAAAAGUUCAAAGCGAUUCUACAGUCCGAGCUUUUAUUGACGCACUACGAUCCGACGCUACCUAUCAUCGUUGCAGCAGAUGCCUCCAACACUGGUAUUGGUGCGGUGAUCCUGCACAAAUUUGCGGAUGGCAAACUGAAAGCCGUUCAACACGCUUCUCGUUCGCUCACACCCGCCGAGCAAGGUUAUGGUCAACCGGAGAAAGAAGCACUGGCGCUUGUCUACGCGGUGACAAAGUUUCAUAAAUUCCUCUUGGGACGCCACUUCACAUUGCAGACUGACCACAAACCACUUCUCGCAAUCUUCGGCUCGAAGAAGGGUAUUCCGCUCCACACAGCCAACCGACUGCAACGAUGGGCGCUAAUUAUGCUCAAUUACGAUUUUGACAUCCAGCACAUUUCUUCCAACGAUUUCGGUUGCGCAGACAUGCUGUCCCGGCUUAUCGACCGUACUGCUCGACCGGAAGAGGAAUACGUCGUAGCAGCAAUCAACCUGGAAGAAGACAUAGUGAGUAUCAUUAACGACUCGUUAGACAAACUUCCAGUGACAUUCACAGCAUUACAACAAGCGACGAAGAAGAGCACCGUUCUACAAUUGGUGGCCAAAUUCAUCGAGGAAGGUUGGCCACGGGAUUCGAAGUCGAUCACAAACCCAGAUCUCUUGCCGUACUACAAUCGGCGGGACUCGCUCAGCAUCGUCAAUGGCUGCGUGAUGCUACACGACCGUGUAGUAGUUCCUCACCAGUUCCAGAGAAAAAUCUUGAGACAGUUCCAUCAGGGCCACCCGGGAGUGGUUCGCAUGAAGGCAAUUGCUCGCAGUUUCGCCUACUGGCCCGGCAUUGACAUCGAGAUUGAAGAAUUCGUGCGCAACUGCAGUCCCUGCUGCAUAGCCGGAAAAGCACCGGUCAAAACGACGCUCGAGUCGUGGCCUGCACCGUCGAAGCCAUGGUCCAGAAUACACAUCGACUAUGCCGGACCGGUCGAUGGCGUGUAUUUUCUGGUCGUGGUGGAUCCGUUCUCCAAGUGGCCGGAAGUUUUCGCAACCAGAACGACAACAGCAAGCACCACUACGCGACUGCUCUACGAAUUGUUCGCUACAUUUGGUAUACCGGAAACCAUCGUUUCGGACAAUGGUCCUCAGUUCGCAGGGUUAUCCAGUCCUAUUCCGGUCCGCGAUCCAGUUCCUGCUCCAGAGAGUCCCGUGGUACCUGCUGCAUCCGAAAGAGAUUCUGGCGAUUCGGAAUACUUUUCUGAGUCCGAUUUUGAAGAAGAGCCAAUACUAGAACCAACUGUCAACAACAAACCAAAACGAACAGUGCGGCUACCAGCAAGAUUCGAGCCGUACUAUUUGAACUAA